UAAACCGAGAUGAAUAUCACUUCGGCGGCGGGUGUAAUUUCCCUGUUGGAGGAACCGAGGCCGGAACUAAAAAUUUUCGCUUUGAAAAAAUUGGACAACAUAGUGGACGAAUUUUGGCCCGAGAUUUCCGAGGCCAUCGAGAAAAUCGAGAUCCUACACGAAGACAAGCAGUUCCAGCAACACCAGCUCGCCGCUUUGGUAGCGAGUAAGGUUUAUUAUCAUUUGGGCGCUUUCGAGGACUCUUUAACGUACGCGCUGGGCGCUGGGGAACUAUUUGAUGUUAACGCUCGUACCGAGUACGUCGAGACUACUUUAUCAAAGUGCAUCGACUAUUAUACGCAACAGAGGAUAGCUCUCGCAGACGAGGUAACUGACGCUAAACCAAUAGACCCUCGACUCGAGGCGAUCGUCAACCGGAUGUUCCAAAGAUGUCUCGACGACGGGCAGUACCGCCAGGCCUUAGGUUUGGCAUUGGAAACGCGCAGGAUGGAUGUGUUCGAAUCCUCAAUCACCCAGUCCGAAGAUGUCAUCAAUAUGCUCAGCUAUGCUUUCCAAGUGGCGAUGAGUUUGAUUCAGAACCGCGGUUUCCGCAACACCGUUCUACGCUCGUUGGUCGGCCUUUACAGGGGCCUCGGCACCCCCGAUUAUGUCAACAUGUGCCAGUGUUUGAUUUUCUUGGAAGACCCCCUGUCGGUUGCAGAAAUUCUUGACAAAUUGGUCCAAGGUAAUGAAGAAAACCAACUGAUGUCGUAUCAAAUCGCGUUCGAUAUGUACGAAUCGGCGACGCAGCAGUUUUUGGAGAGGGUGACGUCAGCUUUGAGGUUAACUGCUCCCAUUCCUCACCUACUUGAGGAGAAAUCUAAACCCAAUCAAACACCGAAGGAGGGCGAGGAGAACGUCAAAGAAACGCCUCAGCCCGAAGUGAAGGAAAAAUCGCUGGACAAUCUAAGUGACAGUGACAAAGAACACCAGGCGAGACUAGAGAAACUGAUCACUAUCUUAUCGGGAGAGAUAACGAUCGAGUUACACCUGCAGUUUUUAAUCAGAUCCAACAACGCCGACCUUUUGAUCCUCAAACAGACCAAGGAAACCAUUCGAGUCAGCAUAUGCCAUACGGCGACGGUUAUAGCGAACGCGUUCAUGCACAGUGGCACCACCAGUGACCAAUUCCUCAGGGACAAUCUGGAAUGGCUUGCGAGGGCGACCAACUGGGCCAAAUUGUCCGCCACGGCGUCUCUCGGAGUGAUCCACAGGGGCCACGAGCAGGAAGCCCUGGUGCUCAUGCAGAGUUAUCUCCCGAAAGAGGUGGGUCCCAGUUCAGGCUACUCCGAAGGCGGAGGCCUCUACGCGUUGGGACUGAUCCACGCCAACCACGGCGCCAAAAUUAUGGACUACCUGUUGGGUCAGUUGAAGGACGCGCAAAACGAAAUGGUCAGGCACGGGGGGUGCCUGGGGCUCGGCCUCGCCGCUAUGGGCACCCACCGACAGGACGUUUAUGAACAAUUAAAAUUCAACUUGUACCAGGACGAUGCCAACACGGGAGAAGCGGCCGGGAUAGCGAUGGGAAUGGUAAUGUUGGGUUCGAAGAAUGCGUCGGCCAUCGAGGACAUGGUAGCUUACGCCCAAGAGAGCCAGCACGAGAAGAUACUGCGCGGUCUGGCCGUCGGCAUAUCUUUCAACAUGUACGGCCGUCUCGAGGAGGCGGAGCCGCUUAUCCGUCAACUGAGUACCGACAAAGACCCCAUCUUGCGCCGUUCCGGCAUGUACACCAUCGCGAUGGCAUACUGCGGCACGGGACACAACCAGGCCAUCAGAAGGUUGCUCCACGUCGCUGUCUCUGACGUCAACGACGACGUCCGCAGGGCGGCGGUCACCGCCUUAGGGUUCCUCUUGUUCCGUACGCCCGAACAGUGCCCCAGUGUCGUCUCCCUCCUCGCGGAAUCUUAUAACCCUCACGUUCGUUACGGGGCCGCCAUGGCCUUGGGUAUAGCAUGCGCGGGUACCGGUCUACGCGAAGCCAUAGCGCUACUAGAGCCCAUAGUGAUGUUCGAUCCCGUCAAUUUCGUUAGGCAGGGGGCCCUGAUCGCGUCCGCGAUGAUACUCAUCCAGCAAACGGAGCAGACGUGCCCCAAGGUAACUUUCUUCAGGCAGACGUACGCCCAGGUUAUCGCCAACAAACACGAGGACGUGAUGGCCAAGUUCGGCGCCAUAUUGGCGCAGGGUAUCAUAGACGCGGGCGGUCGCAACGUUACGCUCUCCCUGCAGUCCCGUACCGGCCACACCAACAUGCUCGCGGUGGUCGGUACCUUGGUGUUCACCCAGUACUGGUACUGGUUCCCGCUUGCCCAUUGCUUGGCCCUCGCUUUUACCCCCACCUCUUUGAUCGCGUUGAACGCGCAGCUCAAGAUGCCCAAGCUCGAGAUAAAAUCAAACGCGAAGCCCAGCCUGUACGCUUACCCCGCCCCCAUGGAGGAGAAGAAGAGGGAGGAACGCGAAAAGGUGCAGACAGCGGUGCUCAGUAUAGCGGCAAGGCUGCGCAGGCGUGAUUACGAGCGCAAGCAUCGCGACGAGAAAAUGGAGGUCGACGACGACAAAGACGAGAAGAAAGAGAAAGCGGCGACGUCCGCGGAUAAGAAGGAAGAAAAGGAGGAGAAAAAAAAGGAACCGGAACCGAACUUCGAGAUAUUGCAGAAUCCCGCUAGGGUGAUGAGGCAGCAGCUGAAAGUGAUCGCCCUGAACGAUAACAGUCAGUAUGUGCCCUCGAAAGAAGUAUCCAUAGGCGGGAUCAUAAUGGUGCGUAACUUGAAACCCGGGGAGGAGGAGUUGGUGGAGCCGGUGCAGGCGUUCGGGCCCAAGGGUGACGAGGAGAAGGAGCCCGAACCGCCAGAACCCUUCGAAUGGUUGGAGGAUUGAUAAAUUUGUGUAAUUGUAUUGAAUCCCGCUUUGCAUAUUUAAUAGAUGUUUUUUUCUAUCCCUCUGUAUUUACUUCGUUUUUAUAUCACGCCUUUAAUAAGAAGAAAAAAGAAAAGAAAAAGAAAUACACAUAAUUGCUCUUCCAGAAGCCUGGAUCUACCAAAAUGAGAUGCCAUAUUUUAAUCUGCCAAAUUAUAAUGCUGUGUACAGCGAUGCAGAAGACUCCAGAGGUGAAGGGGUGUGUCUAUUUCUUAAAAAAAAAAAC